AUCAUGAUUUUGUGAUUCUAUGAUUCUGUGAUUCUAUGGUUCUAUGAUUCCUGGCUGCCAGGUGGGCCCUGGUAAGUGUGUAGAGAAGGCUGUUGUUGGGCAUGGAACCUCACUGCCAAGUCCACUCUUUGUGUCACAAAAGCUGGCAUCCCUGCUGCAAUAUCUCCCAAGGCUCCAUACCUGUAGGCACAGACAUGUCCAUACUUCCUCCAAAGUAAAACAUCCCUCAGUGCUGCUAAUCAGUGAAACCUGGUCGAAGUCUUUGGUCAGUGAGAAAAAGGAAGCAGCUUAGACACAAGAAAGAAAGAUGCUGCUUUCAUAUGUGACCUCAUCCACAUAGUGCAAAGACAGAUCUCAGCAAGAUGGAUUCCAAACUUCCUGAUGAAAACAAGCAGCCUCGCAGUGAAAACCAACAUUUCAAAAGUUUUCAGACAUCACCUGUGUCUCCAAGGACCAAGAUGGGACAGAAAGAAGUUGCAGACUUCACUUCUCCAAUGGGCAAGAAAGAAUUGGAUAGGCAGACAAAGGAGACUGCUGUAUUCCAUGAAUACAAAUAUCUCAAGCAUCAACAUGUUCUGUGUUCAGAGGACAUAAAAAAUUUGCAGGUGUGUUUGCAGGAGCCAUUGAGAAGACUGGAAGAAAAGAAUGACAAACUUAUAAAGGAAAAAAAAAUAAUAUUGGAAGGAAGAAAAUUAAUCAUACAACAGGAAAAAAUCUUAAAGGACAUGCAGAUAAAAAUAAACCACUUGCACAAGCAGCUCAAGCACCCUGAGCUAAUUGGGUCAAAAAACUCAAAGGAAUUGCAGAUUCCAAUAGAAGCCUUGGGAGUAGGAAGCAGCCAAGAGAGAGAGAUCUACAACUGUCUCAGCUCUCCCGCCCAGAAGAUAGCUAUGGUGAAACGGGUUGAAUGUUCCCUUUGCAUGCACACUUAGUUACACCUGGAGUAAUCACGGAGAUAAGAUCAUUCUGACUAGUGCUGGAUCAUCAUGGGAGAAACAGUGUAGGCGAAAAAGAGAAAUGUGAUGCAAGUGUAGAGAGGUGUGUAUGCAAACUUAGUGGAUCAGCAGGUUGCAAACACUGGGUGUAAACGCUGUUCUGGCCUUGGGUACAUUUCCUUAUGUAUCUGCUCACCUGUCACCUCUGAGAAAGCAGCAAUUAUGUGCAUGCUGGCAAAUGUUUCUUUCCCUCCUCCUGAAGAAGAA